UUCAAACUAAAAAACCCCAGAUACAGCAAGUAACCCCUGAGGAAAACGCAUCAUUUCACUUUACUUGACUUCACAACAACAUACAAGGGAUGAUCAUAUGUCAUGUUGGAAGAGAUAGUGGAGGAGAAAAGAAAGAAAUCAAAAUGAUUGUCAAAAUCGUUAUGAUUGGCCUCAUGCUUAUUGCAUCCUACAGCCAGCCUGCUGAGGGAAGCCUAAAGGACAAAUGUCCUACAAAACCAACAACAACUACAAUCAGUCCAACAAAAUCCCCAAUGUCUUCAGCAGCAGUGAAAGUAUCAACUGUAUCAGUAGCAACAACAUCUGAAGCAAACAUUCAAAAGCCUACAACUCUGGCUCCGACUCCAAUCAAAACAGCAACAAUAGGAACAGCAGAAGCAGUGAAAGCAGCAAGUGCACAAGCAGCCGCCACGGCAUCAGCUAUAGCAGCAGCAGCAGCAGCAACAGCUGCAAGAGCAGCAGCAGCCACUACUGGACCCGCCUCUGCAGCAGCGGCUGAAGCUGCAGAAGUUGCAGCUGAAGCAGCACAAGACGCAGCCAUAGCUUCUGCAGCAGUAAUGAAUGGAACACUGUCACCACAACGUGCAGCAGAGCUAGCAAAGAAAGCAACAGAAGCAGCCAAACUAGCAAUAAGUGCAGCGCAGAAAGCAAUUGAAACAGCACCAGAAUUGCCAGUUGAAGUAGCAGAGAGAAUUGCAGAGGCAUCAUCAAAUGCAUCACUUGCAGCAGAUAAGGCAGCAGAGGCAACAGAAAAGGCGGCAUCUGCAAAUACACCAGAAACUGCAGAGGCAGCUACAGCAGCUGCAACAGAGGCAGCAAAAGAUGCAGGAAGAGCUCUCUUAGCAUUACAAGCGGCAUUAACAGAAGCUAUGAAACAAACAAGUCCAGGAAUCCCAGAAACACCAGCAAUGCAACUUGCAAAUACAGCAGCAGAAAAAGCAGCAGAAGCCUUGGCAGCUGCUGCAAACCAAACAACCAAAGAAACAGCAGCUGAAAAGGCAACAGAGGCAGUUGAAACAGCUAAGGUGGCAGCAGAGGCAGCGGCUGCAGCAGCAGCAGCAGCAGCAGCAGUGGUUUCUGGAACAACGACCCAACAGCCAAUAGCUAUAGAACCAACCACAAUGACACUAUCAAAAACGGCAUCAUUGGAAGCAGUAAAAGCUGCUAGUGCAACAGCAGCAGCGACAGCAGCAGCAAUAGCCUCAACAGCAGCAGCAACAGCAGCAACAGUAGCAACAGCCACCACUGGACCCACAGCUGUAGCAGCGGCUGAAGCUGCACAAGUUGCAGCUGAAGCAGCACAAGACGCAGCCAUAGCUUCUGCAGCAGCAAUGAAUGGAACACUGUCACCACAACGUGCAGCAGAACUAGCAAAGAAAGCAACAGAAGCAGCCAAACUAGCAAUAAGUGCAGCGCAGAAAGCAAUUGAAACAGCACCAGAAUUGCAAGCAGAAGUACUAGAGAGAAUUGCAGAGGCAUCAUCAAAUGCAUCACUUGCAGCAGAUAAGGCAGCAGAGGCAGCAGAAAAGGCGGCAUCUGCAAAUACACCAGAAACUGCAGAGACAGCUACAGCAGCUGCAACAGAGGCAGCAGAAGAUGCAGGAAGAGCCCUAGCAGCAGUACGAGCGGCAUUAACAGAAGCUAUGAAACAAACAAGUGCUGCAAACCCAGAAACAGCAAUAAUGCAACUAACAGUUGUAGCAGCAGAAAAAGCAGUCGAAAUGGCUGAAGUAACAGCAGCUAAAGCAAAAACGGUAGCAGGAAAUGCAGCAGCUUCUUUAAAUGCAACAACUGAAGAAAUGGAAGUUGAAAAGGCAACAGAAGCAUUUCAAGCCGCUAUGGAAGCGACAGAAGCAGCAAAAGCAGCUGCUGUUGCAGGAAAAGCAGCAGCAGCAACUGCAGCAGCAUAUGUUGCAGAAGACACAACACCAGUCACUGAUGGAGAUUCCACAACAAAAGCACCACUACCUACAGUCGCAGCAGUAGCAACAGCUGUAGCCACAGCAGCAACAUCUGCUGCAACAGCAGUGGCAGCAGCAGCAGCAGCAAUAAUAUCAGCCAUUGCUAGAGAAACACCAACAACUGCAAAUAAUGCUGCAGACGCUGCAAUAACAGCAGCUGCUUAUGCUGCAGCAUUAACAGAAGGAAACGUUUCCCCAGAAGUGGCAGCACAAGCAGCAAUGGUGGCAGCAGAUGCAGCUACAACAGCAGCAACAUCAGCAAUAGAAGCAGCAACAUCAGCACCAGCAGCAACAGCAGCAUUAGCACACAGAGCACUUGCCGCAUCAAUUAAAGCAGCAGCAGCAGCAACAUCAGCAGCAACAGCAGCAAGAUUAGCAGCUAGCAUUGAAGGAUCAGAAACAACACCAGAAAUGGCAGAAGCUGCCAUAAGAGCUGCAAACACAUCAGCUGAAGAAGCAGAAGAAGCAGCAAAUGCACUACAAGCAUUAAUUAAAACAGCACCUGUAGGAAAAAUACCAGCAGAUACAGCAACUGCUGUGCAAUUAGCAAUAGAUGCAGCUAAGACAGUAGCCACAAUGGCAGCAGAAACCGCAAAAAAAGCAGCAGAAGUUGUUACAGUGCUAACAAGUGAGGCAGCUAUUGCAAUGCCAGCACAAUCCACAAAAAUGGCAAGAGAGGGAAUAUAUGCAGCAAAAACAGCAGCUAUUGCUGCAAAAGGAGGAGCAGCAGCAGCAGAUGCAGUGGCGCCAGAUACAACGACCCCAGCAACGACAGUAAAGCCAACAACAAAAACAGCAAUAACAACCUCAGCAGUAACCACAUCAGUCCCCAUAACAUUAGCGCCAACAGAAGCAGCCAGAUUGACUGCAGUUUCAGCUUCUGCAGCAGCAGUAGCAGCUUCUGUAGCAGCAGCAGCAGCAGGAGCCACUGCAACGGCCGCUGGAGCAACAACAUCCCCAGCUGCAGAAGAAGCAAUCCUGGCUGCGAGGGAAGCAGCCAGAGUAGCUACAUUAGUGGCAAAAGGAGAAGCGUCACCCAUAUUAGCAGCAAAUGGAGCAAAUGAAGCUGCCAAAGCUGCCAAAGCAGCCGCUGAAGAAGCAGCAGAAAGAGUAAGAACAGCACCAGCAUCACAAGAAGGAGCACUUGCACAACUUUCACACGCGUCAACAAUAGCAGCAAAGGCGGCUGAAGAAGCAGCAAUGGCAGCAACAAAGGCAGCCUUUGGUGAACCAACAGCAAUCGCAAAAGUUGCUGAAGCUGCAAACACAGUGGCUAAUACAUCCAAAGAUGCUGCACAAAUAUUUGAAGCAGAAUUGGCAUCUGCCAGUGAGCCAGUAGCAAGAUCAUUAUCAGCAGCACAAGCAGCAGCAGAAAUAGCAGAAGCAGCAGCAAUGACAGCAUCAUUAGCAACUGGAACAGCAAGAACAGAGAAAGAUAAAUCAUUAAUGGAGGCAGCAGCAAAGGCAUCAGCAAGAGCCGCGUCAGCAUCAGCACUAGCUGCAAGAGCCGCACUCCCAUCUACAGGGGGAACAAAUGAACCACAACCUUCUACUCCAACAACAACCGCGACACCAUUCACAGAGGAACAAAUGCAAACAGCAGCCACAGUUUCAACAGCAGCAGCAACAGCAGCAGCAGCAACAGCAAUGGCAGCCUCAACAGCAGCAGCUGCAGGAGAAACAAAAUCAGAAGCAGUAGAAAGUGCUGUAAGAGCUGCACAAAUAGCUGCUAAAGCUGCAACAUUAGUGGCAGCUGGAGAAGCAUCACCAUCAAUGGCAGCACUAGCAGCAAGAAACGCAGCAGAUGCCGCAGCAUUAGCAGCAAUUGAUGCACAAUUAACAGGACCAUCAGAAAUAGCAGAUGCAUCAAUGAAAGCGGCAAAUGCAGCAAGAAAAGCAGCAGAUGCAGCAACAGAUGCAGCUAAAAGAGUAACACCAGAAUCAAUUAAGGCAACUGGAAAAGCCGCAAAGGCAGUUGCACAAGCAGCUAAGGCAGCAAAAGAAGCAUUAUCAGCAGUCUCCGAGGAGGAAGCAGCAAAAAUGACGGAGGAAACACGCUCAGCAAUGGAAAUCGCAGACGAUGUGGCAGGAUUGACAGAAGCAACAGCUCUCACAGCAGAAUCAGAAGCAGUAGCUGCAGCAGCAAACAACACAGAAAUAAUGGCAUCAACAGCACGAGCCGCUGCAAGCACUGCAACAGCCGCAGCAAAUGCAGCAGGAGCUUUAUUGCCAACGGAAUCUCAAGGGGGAACCUCAAAUGGAACGCCAGCACCAACUACAGUAAAAGCAACAGCGGCCAAAACUCCAGCAGCAACAGCACCCGGAAUUGUAACGGUGUCAACAGCAGCAGCAGUUCCAGGAGCUUCCGAGGCAAAGGUAGCAGCUGUGGUUUGCUCAACAUCUUCGGCAGCAGCAGCAGCAGCAGUCGCCUCAGCAACCGCAGCAGCUGCUGGACCAGAAGCAAAAGAAGCAGCAAAAAUUGCAGCAGAGGCUUCACAAAUAGCAGCAAUUGCCGCAAGAGAUCUUGCAAAUGGGGAAAUAACAGUUGAGAUGGCAGCAGAUAAAGCAAAAAAAGCAGCCGGAGCAGCAGAGGCAGCAGCAGAGGCAGCAGAGAAAGCAUCAAAAGCAGCAUCACCAGUAUCAGCAGCUCUACGUUCACUAAAGUUAGCAUUAUCAGCCAAAAGAUCUGCAAAGGCAUCAACAGCAGCAGCAAAGGCAGCAGAAAAGACAGCAGCUUCAGAUAAAAAGCCAGAAACAUUUUCAGAAGCUAAACAAGCUGCCAAAUCAGUGGUCACGGCAGCAGAAGAAGAAGAAGCAGAACUUACAAAAAUAUUAGCAGAAUCUCCAGGGUUAAAUGAAGCAGAGCGCGCACCUAUAGCAGCUGCACAAACGGUGGCAAAGAUAGCAAAAGCAACAGGGAUGACAGCAGUUGCAGCACUUGACUUACCAUCAGUAGAUACAGGACUGGCGACAGCAGCUGCAGCAGAAGCAGCAGCGGGUGCAGCAUUGGACGCAGUGGCAAACGUUCCCUCUGACAGCGCAGCGGGAUCAGGGUCAGGGUCAGAAUCAGGGACCGGAUCAGGGUCAGGAUCAGGGUCAGGAACAGGAACAGGAACAGGAACUGGAACUGGAACUGGAUCAGGAGCCAACCAAUCAACUACACCAACAGCAGCUGCAAUCAACAACAAAGUCAGUCUAAUUUCUGUCACAGUGGCUCUCAUAGCUGCUGCGCUGCUUUAAAAAGCAACAUAACAUCAGCAUGACAGCAUUCAUGGACUAAAAAGCUUACCCGUUACAUACAUAGAUAUUGGAAUUACCUAUAUGUUUUAUUUUAAGAAUCCAAUUUACAUAUGUAUGUCAACAUUUUGAAUCAUUAAUAAUUUCAUUUAAAAAGUCAAAGAAGAAAGCAGAGGAAGGGUCAAAAAUUGGAAUAUUUACUUUCACUAAUCAAUAAAAGUGGCAAACAUGGCAAAUAUUUAAUCUUUUUGAAUUGGUGUAAAUUAUAAUAUUUAUUAUGCUAUUUAUUGUGUGCAUGUGAGAAUUAGAUUGUUCAUCAAGUAAACAACAGAUAAUGAUAUAUAGACUAAUUGCAGGUCAACUUAUUGCACUUUUGUGUGUGUGUGCCAAAUAUGUCACAAUUCUGUUAAUCAUGUUACAUUUUCUACAUUGUCAAUGUAGAAAAUGAGGGAAAUAGCUUAGUCUAUAGUUUGUUGAAACACACUUUUGAAUGUGUGUGAUUGCUUCACCUCGGUUAUGAAUGAAUAUGCCUAUGUCUAAAUCAAUAAAUCAAUAAUAAAUAAAUGCAUGCUCA